AUGAGUGGAAAUUCAAACUCCUCAUACUCACCAUCCCUCCUCCCACACACCACCAACCCCUGGCUCCUCCGCGGCGGCGACCCCUCCCUCUACAACGCGCAGCUCCUCCUCGCAGCCACCGCCCUCUUCCAACAUGCCGCCGUCUUCGGCCUCCUCUUCGCCCUGCGCAACUUCUCCGCUGCCCGCGCUCUCGACCUCCACUUCCUCACCGUCGUCUUCGCCUCGACCUUCAUCGCCGCGCCACUCCUCUUCCUCCUGGACACGCACAUCGACGCCCCCAAGCUCUUCUUCUUCCUCGAGCACGAAGCCAUCGAGUUCCUCAUCGCUGCGCGCGUUCUCUUGCCCUCGCGCCUCCUGUACCUGUACCCCGGCCGCCUUAUAGCCCUCGCCUGGACGGCCCUUUCUGCAGUCUCGAUCCUCAUCGCUUUCAACCCCUUCCACCACCACGCCGCGGACAUCGUCGCCUGGGGCGCCUUCGCGUCGGAUUCGCUCCUCGCGGCCUCAGGCAUCGCGCUCAUGCUGCGCUGGCGCACUCACCACCGCCAUUUCACCCCGCCCUCUCACGUGCAUGGUGUGCUCCGUCGCCGCGUCAUCGCUGCCGAAGCCUUCGCCGGCGCCGGUUUCGCCCUGCACGGCUUCUCGACCGUGCCUGUCGCGCCGAUACUUACUCGCAUCCUCUACCACGACCUCGACCCGGCGUGGUUCGCGUGGGCGUGGGUGCUGGUGUUCGGGAGCGCGAUGGGAGCUGUUGCGCUCGCGGUACCGUCUGCAGCGAUUUUCUUUGGCUCGGUGAACUGGUGCUGCUGGCAUGAUCGGAAGGUGUUGCCGGGACAGGCGGGUUGGUGGAAGGUUGAGAGUGAGGAUGGAAGUGUUGGCGGAGCGUGA